CCAAGCGCCAUCUUUCUCCUUCAGUAGUCACUUCUCCGAGAAAACCCUAACAGAACCCUACAAAAUAGCACAACCUGCACUUUCUCUCUCUAGAAAGACAACAUCUAUCUUUCUAAAAAUGCUCCGUCGAAACAUCCGGUUGAGAAGAGAGUAUUUGUAUAGAAAAAGCUUAGAAGGCAAAGAACGUUUACUUUACGAGAAGAAACGCAAAAUCAAAGAAGCCCUUGCUGAGGGAAAACCGAUUCCUACUGAGCUUAGAAACGAAGAAGCCGCUCUUCGUCAAGAAAUUGAUCUUGAGGAUGAAAACACUGCAAUACCGAGGAGUCAUAUUGAUGAUGAAUAUGCCAAAGCAACUGAAAGAGAUCCGAAAAUUUUAUUGACUACGUCGAGGGAUCCGAGUGCUCCUCUUACUCAGUUUGUUAAGGAAUUGAAGUUUGUGUUUCCUAAUGCAGAAAGAAUCAAUCGUGGUGGUCAGGUUAUAUCUGAGAUUAUUGAAAGUUGCCGGGCACAUGAUUAUACUGAUGUAAUUUUGGUGCAUGAGCAUCGAGGAGUGCCAGAUGGUUUGGUUAUAUGCCAUCUACCAUUUGGUCCAACGGCUUACUUUGAAUUACUCAAUGUGGUUACCAGACAUGACAUUAAAGACAAGAAAGCUAUUGGAACUAUGCCUGAGGCCUACCCACACUUGAUUCUUAACAAUUUUAAAUCCAAGCUGGGAGAAAGGACAGCAAAUAUUCUAAAACAUCUUUUCCCUAUGCCAAAGCCAGAUACUAAACGCAUAAUCACAUUUGCAAAUCAAUCUGACUAUAUCUCCUUCAGACAUCAUAUAUAUGAAAAGCAUGGAGGCCCCAAGUCUGUUGAGCUCAAAGAGAUUGGUCCACGAUUUGAAAUGCGGCUUUAUCAGAUAAAGUUAGGAACAGUGGAUCAGACUGAAGCACAAAAUGAAUGGGUGCUUAGACCCUACAUGAACACCACUAAGAAACGGAAGUUUAUUGGAGACUGACAUGACCCCAGGAAUUAAUCUCAAACCUGUUCUCUAUUUCUUCUGUGUUUUGGCAAUUUUGGCAUCAAAUAUGCAUAAGCUGAUUCAUAUUUCCACCUGCUGUUAAAAUCAUGUUGCCAUCGAUGCUCUCUCUUGCCCCUUGACCAGUGGAUCAGACUGAAGCACAAAAUGAAUGGGAGCAUUAGCGUUUUUUUUUUUCCAUUCAUUUUAGUUAAGGCAUUGGCACAUACUUUAAAUAUAUUUUGUUUAGUCCUUUUUUCCCCUGCAUUUUUGGGGAUUUAAUUUAUGGGCAACAAUGCUACAAUCCUUAUAA